AAGAUAAAGGGGAUGGAUUUGCAAUUGCAUUUAGUGCAAAAACAUUUUUCUAAGAGAGAAUUAGUUGUUUUACUGUACAAAAAGCAAAAGCAAUAGAACAGGGAAGAAAACAUAACCAACCCCCACGUCUCGAUUCAAGGUUUGCUAUGACAUCAAACCACAAUGCACUGCACUGUUUGCAGUUUAUCCGCCUUCUCCAUGGCAAUACUGCUAGGACGUCCCCUUAUUCAAAUAAAAGACGACGAAACGUCAUUUCUGUCCAAUCUGAGAGCUCUGAAGUGACAUAAUGGAACAUACGAGGAUAGAAAAGCUAGAGGCAGCGUGCGGGCGAAACCAGAAUUUUUUAAAAACGUUUGAGGCAGGAGGCUGAUCAUAGAUUGUGUCCUAUCAAGGUUUUAUUAAUACGGAAAAAACGGAAGUCCUCGAUUAUUAGAGGAAAAGGUGUCUACUACACGUAAAGUGGAGAAAGGGGUAGGGAUACCUUUAAAGCGCAUUUCUUUGUUUUUACUUAAAAUAUGCAUUGUUUCGACAACUGAAAAGUUAUGGGAACCACUAUCUUUCUCAUGAGAGUGUGCUGAUUUUUUACAGCUACUGUCAUUUUAAGAUUUAGCCUCACGGAAAUAUGAUGAAGAAGGACAUACAUUUAAACUUGGCAGAUGCCACGAACUUAAAGCCCCAUCUCCGCGAUGCGGAAAACAUUCUCAACUCACCGGACCUUGGGCUGCUGAAACUGGCCUCCCCAGAGCUGGAGAGACUUAUAAUUCAGUCCAACGGAAUGGUCACAACAACACCGACCUCUCAGUUCCUUUACCCCAAGUCGAUAAGUGACGAACAGGAGUUUGCCGAGGGAUUCGUCAAGGCUCUCGAGGACCUGCACAAACAGAAUCAGCUUAACGGUGGGACGUGCGCUCAAACGAACAGUCUGGACCUAGGCACCGACGUGGCUCCUGUCACUGUACACAUGGACUUGCCCGUCUAUACGAACUUGAACAGUUAUGGCAAUGGGCCUUUGGGAACCACUGUCAAUUACUCUACAGACACAGUUCCCUUUCCACCUCCACCCACUCAUCAUUUAGGUGGAACACAGCAGCAACAAGCGCAAACACGGCUGCAAUCUUUAAAGGAUGAGCCGCAAACUGUUCCUGACGUGCACAGCUUCGGCGAGAGUCCACCACUGUCUCCAAUCAACAUGGACACACAGGAGCGCAUUAAGGCAGAAAGGAAAAAGCAGCGGAAUAGAAUUGCAGCGUCCAAGUGCCGAAAGAGAAAACUGGAGAGGAUAUCUAGACUGGAAGACAAAGUCAAGUCCCUUAAAACUCAAAACAAUGACUUAGCCUCAACGGCAAGUGUUCUCCGGGAGCAAGUGGCUCAGCUAAAACAAAAGGUUUUGAAUCAUGUUAACAACGGUUGUCAGUUGUUGCCACCUCAAAUUCAAGUGUACUAGUCGCAGGACAUUGGUCAAGCAGCAUAAAUAAGCUCAGUAGACUGUUAUCUUGUUGGCUCUAAAAUUUCACCAUUGUGUUUGUGUAGAGCCAUCGACUUUAUAGGAUGAAAACUUCGCUAAUGUUCAUUUUUGUACAAUGUUUACAUACUAUUUAUCAAGGGUGUACUGAAAUCCCAGGACUGGACCAAACCAGUUUACCGUGUAUUAUUAUAUAAUAUCCUUUUUAUUGAACAUUCAAAAAAGUAUUUGCAUGGCAGAAUAUUGACAAACUCGAAUGUUACCUUACAGGGUGUCAUUGGGCGCAUGUAAUUUCUUAGCCUUUUAACGUUUACAAGCAAGCACUUAUGAGCUGAUAAUAUGGACAUUUUAUAUUCAGUGCUCCGCGGUGUUCUGUUUCAGUAUUUUCUUUUAUCAAUGUGAAGCUGUCAUCUUAUGUUGCACUGAAUAUUUACUUUCACAUUCCUAUUUUUACUUGGUUCCUGUUAUCAAAUAAACCUUGCUUAAGAAUACAAGACAAAUGUUUAGCUCUCUGCUGGUUCACUGUCUGGAAUUUGCGCACUAUUUUCCCCAAGUGAGAGCAAUCCUUUAUACUGGUUGUUCUUGUAUGAGAAGCUAAAUGAUGGGGUGCAGUAGGGCAUUGCCUGUUACAUAUUUGGGAAUUAAAAUAAAUUAAAACUUUGGUCCAACUCAACAUUAAAACCCAAUCAUGAGCCUAUGUAGCACUAUAUAGUAUGAGCCACCAGACUACAGUAUUUUGGUCCUGUGGUACAUGUUUUGCUACAUUGUUAGACCUAUGCUGACGCAGUGGGAUUCCAUUGUGACAUUGUAGCAUUUAGAUUCAACAUGUUGGAUACAAAUGUAUCCAUUUCUGACAGGAAGUCUGUUGACUGAAUUGUGACCUCUGCUGGUGUAAUUUCAUAGCCCUAUGGCAGAUUGUAACUGCCAUCCAGUAGAUGAGUUUGUGCAUUUGACUUGAACUCGUUGUAUCAACAAAUGUAAACGCCCCGUCAGGCCAACUAAACUAGCAGGUGUACAUAUGAAACCAUUUUCAUAGGCCCAAGUUCGGUUAGCACUCAUAGUUGUUAUAAAUCAGGCUUGUAUUUGCAUCACAGGUAAUGUUACAACGGUGAUAAAUAUACAGUAUAGGCACCCAUAAACAGCCAUAUGCUCAUGAAACAGAUGGUCCCAGCUUGCUGGAUUUGUGUUAUGAUGACUAGCUUCUCUUCCCAGUGUCCAAAAUGGAAUGCAGCUUUGACUGCAGCGUCAGAGGCCUCUCUUAAGAUACAGGGCCACUUUCACAGACACCGAUUAAGCCUAGUCAAGGAGGAAAAAAAUCAAGUUCAGUUGAAAGCUCCAUUGAGCUUUUAGUCCUAGACUAGGCUUAAUCUAUGUUGACGAAACUGGCCCAUGGUAGCAUAGACACCAGUGAGCAAGACUAGAUGAGAUUAGCUUGCUUUACAUUAUUAUAGUUUUUUAUUGCUUUGGUACUAUUUAUGCUGGUAUGUGGUCUUUUAUUGCAAAACUAUUAUCACAACAGAUCAUAAAAAAAACUUUAUUUUCUUUUAAACAUUUCACUGAACACAACACCCUCACUUUUUUUGCCAAGUUAAAAAUAUAUUUUUCUUUUAGUAACACGUCACCCUAAAAUACAUAAACUUCAUGAAGUACUUUCUUUCACAAUGUGGUCAGAGUCCUUACCGUGGCUGUCAGGGAAGAUUGCCCUAAUCUGAAAAGAUCAACCAAAAACAUAAAGUAAUAUGCUUUCCCAUGAAAUAAAUCAGUACUGCAUGUAAAGUCCCACACCAUGGUACAUAUAUUCAGACAAUAAAUUAAUGGUAUACUAAU